UGUGUGGUCAAAUAAGAAGUCAACGGCAGAAAGUCAAUGAAAUGUCAAUUUGGUUUCAAAGUGAUUCUGUAAAAUUCUGCACAAUAUGUAAAUCCAUAGUAAAAGAUAUAGGUUAACGGCGGUGAAACAACAUGGAAGGUGUCUCAUUAUCCCUCUACCAUUAUAUGUGCAAACACGUAGUCGGAACAGAAAAUCACGUAAAAAUGUUAAGAUUAAUGAACACAGUCUGUGAUAAUUUAUCCAGUGACGACAACAAAGUGAUUAUAACCAGUGGUAGUUUUGGUGAAGGACUGGAGAUGCGUGGUAGUGAUAUAGAUAUUAUGUUUGUAACAUCAAACAUUAAUGUCCACGAUAAGAUAACACCUAUUACUCUCGAUCCUACAAAAACGCAUUUCUCACUGAUGACAGACAAUUCAAAACCAGGCUUUGCAAUGUUGCGUCUGAUAAGUAGUCCUUAUCCUCGUAUGCGAAAUAUUUGUGAACAAUUCAGAGGGGACAAAUAUCUGUCAAAUGUCUUAUUCAAACAAAACUUUCUCAACGAAAUUAGUCCUGUUGUUCAUGGACCUUGUUUAUCCGACAUAAACGGUCAUAUGGACUUUGCUAACUGCCUUCAUAGUAAAUAUUGGGUCACGUCAGCGUCACGAUGGACUAUGAGGUCAAGUGACACAUGGCCAAAUGAAAUAACAAAGCCGACAAUCAUCAAUCAUGGGGUGUUAUUUGUACCAAUUGGUGCUAAAGGGUCCCCAAACGAGGAACUGGAAUGGCGAAUGUCAUUCUCAGUUGGAGAAAAACUUCUUAUUUAUACGUUUAGUCAUUCGCAACUACUUUGUUAUGCGCUCAUGAAAAUUCUUUUAAAGGAUAUUAUCAAUAGUGACAGUAGAUGUAAAAAUGUAUUAUGCUCCUAUUACCUAAAGACAAUUAUAUUCUGGAUGUCAGAGGAAUUACAACCCUCUGUAUGGACACCUGAAAACUUGAUACCGUGUUUUAUGAGAUGUUUCCGUAGGCUGAUAUACUGUGUCAAUUAUUCAGUUUGUCCUCAUUAUUUCAUUCCAGAAAAUAAUUUGUUUGAGAAUAAGAUAGAAGGACUGGAUAGGGAUAAUUUGAUGGAAACACUUCGUGUGUUAUUUAGCUAUGGAUGGCUAUGUAUUUUAUUCUCUAAACAAAUAUCACAUUUUCCGGUUUUGUCAUGCAAAUUCCUAAAUGAUAAAAGUGUCUUGUGUUAUGAAGAUAUUAACAAACUGUUGAAGUCAAACAUAUGUGUUAAUGUUACUUCUAUGAGAAGUAAACACAAGGAAUUCGUUAGAGUUGUACAUAACAUUAUAACUUGUAACUCUAAGAAAUUGAAAUAUAUGCAUGCAUAUUUCUUGUCAGUGGUGUGCAACAAACGUUGUCAGUCCGUGUAUCUGAACAGAACAGUCAGUAAUAAGAGCCAAUAUAAACAAUACAACAUGUGUCUGAGUUAUCUACUGAUUAACAUCAACCAUGAUGCUGUCUCUGGGUGGUUGAUGACGGCAUCAUUUUUCUACAAGACAAAUCAAUAUGAUAAAUCUCUCAUAAUUAUUUUGUACGCAUUAUCGAAGUGUACACUUGACAAACUAUUCUAUAGAACAGAACUAUCAGUCACACAAAAACGUCAAGUCAAAUCGCUUUUGGUACAAAAGAAAACCGUGGUUCGUUUGUUAAAAUUUGUCCUGGUAGAAAGUGUCUUUUUUGCAUCUCCGACAUUUAUUCCUACAGAGCUGAUAAUUGAAGGAAGUGGUUUUGAAAUACCGCCUGUAGUUUACGCUCAUUUUUUAUCCUUCCUAUGUCAUAACCAUCAGCAAAAUGUGCGAGAAUGUCGAAAUUCCCUCCGAGAUCUUCAAUUGACAAUAACUGAAGACUAUUUCAUAGGAGAGGAUGAAAGUCUUAAAUCAUCAUCUUACUAUUGUCUUGGCACUGCUUUACAGUUAAUGGGAGACAAAGUAUCAGCAAAACAAUCGUUUACUGAGACUGUGAAAUUAUUAAGUCGGUAUCCUUAUGCCAUUAAGCGAUUAAAAAGACUGUUAUUAUAG